UCCAAAUAAUCGUCAUUGGUGGUUAUUUGAAUUAAUAAUGAUCACUAUUCAAACCGGACGUUUUCUAUUCUAUGUUUGGCUCAGUUUUAUGGACGAAUCUGUUAUAAGGUCAUAUUGUCAAUAUGAUACAACUGCUGCACCAUUAUUUGAUUAUCAUAAUCACGAUAAUGAUGGAACAUCAUUAAAUAUAACCGAUAGUUGUUUAACAUCGAUCAUUUGGUCAAUUUAUUUUGGUUUUGUUUUACAUAGUCAUUAUAUGUUAUUUUUAACUAAUCGUAAUUCAUUAACAUGGCAUUUAUUAUAUGAUAUUUCUAUCCGUAAUUAUGAUCAUUAUCGUAAUUCAAUUGUUCAUCUACAAGGUGAAAAUAUGUUACGAACAAUAAUCAAAACGUUAAAUAAUAGUAAUGAUUUUAAUGAAUUAAUAUCAGAUUCUUCACCACGAAUUAUACAUAAUUAUUUGGCAAAAAUGUUAAGAAAAAAACAUAAAACAUUUAUUGAUAAAUUGUUCAUACGGUUAAUGUUGAAUAUUGAUCUUCAUAACUUUGCAAAAUUACGAUUAAAAGUAUUCAGGUAUGCAGGUCUUAAACAACGAAUCGAAUUGACAAUUGCAAUGUUCAUAAUACAUUGUUUGGAUGUAUUUUUGUUGACAUUUGUUAUAUCUACUACAUUAAAUCUUGCCUGUGUAAAAUAUUUUAAUUUUAUUCGUAUUCAUAUGUGGAAUUUAUGGCCAUUAGCUUUAUUCGAUUUUUUCUAUGCAUCACAGAUGAAUAAUUUGAAUAAAAUGCUUAUCCAGGUUUUUGGCAAUCGCAGACAUAUGAUAAAUUUGCGAUUAAAUUAUUUACGUCAAUUAAUUUGGCGUCAAUUUCAACGACAACAUCAACAUAUGACAUAUUGUAUAAUGUAUAGCGGUAAUGAUGUUUGGAAUUCUAUUUAUUUUAUGGUUGCAUCAUUAUUGAAUUAUUCUGCACAUCAAUUUAAACGACAAUUACCAACGAUUCAAUCAUAUAUGAAAGAACCAGCAAUUAAAUGGCAGGUUCAUGAAUUUUAUGAACGUUUAUCAACUACCGGUAAUGGUUUUGGUUUUUAUUGUGGUCCUUUUAAUGUCCUAUUUCGCUUUAAUGUUGAUAACAUUCACAUUUUUCCAUAA